AUGCUGGUGCAGUGGACCCUCAUGACACUUCUAGAUCCGAUUCAUAGUGUGGAGAACCUGAUAUACAUUGGAUAUGCUGGAGAUCCUUCUUCUGCCAUCCGUGUCACUCGGAGAAGACGUUUGGAUCGCAAAAAGAGACAAUCUGAUAGAAAUGUUUUCCACUGUUUUGUUUUUGGGCCAAAGGAGGCUGGAAAAUCUGCAUUAUUGAAUUCUUUUAUUGGAAGGCCUUUCUCUGAUGUCUAUGAUUCAACCACAGAAGAUCGUUACACAGUUAAUGUUGUAGAUCAACCUGGG